AUGAGGUGUGAGGAGCUCAGGCGCAGGUGCAGAGGGGGAGGAGUCAGGGCAGAGUGGGAGGAGUCAGAGCAGAGGAGGAGGAGUCAGAGCAGAGGAGGAGGAGUCAGUGCAGAGGGGGAGGAGUCAGGGCAGAGGGAGAUGAGUCAGGGCAGGAGGAGAGGGUUCAGUGGAGAGGGAGAGGAGUCAGGGGAGAGGGGGAAGAGUCAGGGCAGAGGAGGAGGAGUCAGUGCAGAGGGGGAGGAGCCAGUGUGGUGUCAUGGCGUCUCUUUUGGUCCGGUCUGA